GCCCUUAAAAAGCCCCGGCUCUCAACUCCGGAUCUCUCAUUCGGUGACUUAGCGAACACCAAAAAACGCUCCCUCCCGUGCUAGCGAUCCCACAGGUAUAAAAAUUAAUCGUUUUUAUUAAAGCAACAUGUUAGCUCGACAAACAGCCAGCCUGCAAAUGUUGAUGGUUUUCAGCUUCGCUUUAUUGGUACAAGCAGCAUAUCUCAUCGAUUUUUCGAGAGUUUUUCACCACAACUUGGCUAAUGUCAAACGAGAAGCAGAUAGUGACAGGUGUCACCCAACACAACCAUUCCGUUGUCCAGGAGACAGAACAGUAUGUAUUUCUAUUCAAUACUUAUGUGAUGGAGCGCCAGACUGUUCAGAUGGUUACGACGAAGAUCCCAGGCUUUGCACUGCAGCUAAAAGACCACCUGUAGAAGAAACAGCGAAUUUCUUGCAUACUCUUAUUUUGAAUCAUGGGCCAAACUACCUGGAAAAGUUAUUCGGUAAAAAAGCUAGAGAUGCUCUUGCUCCUCUAGGAGGUAUGCAGAAAGUGGCCAUAGCAUUAUCUGAAAGUGAAACCCUUGAAGAUUUUGGAAAGGCCUUACAUCUAAUGCGAUCUGAUUUGGAACAUCUUCGAAAUGUCUUCAUGGCUGUUGAGACUGGUGAUUUUAGCCUUUUAAAAUCUCUUGGUAUCCGUGAUUCGGAGCUUGGGGAUGUAAAGUUCUUCCUGGACAAGCUUGUCAGCACUGGAUUUAUGGAUUAAAUGAUUGACACUUAUGACUAUCCUCCCUCCUCAAUCCCUCCAUUUGAGUCGUUAACACCAAAUUAUACAUAUGACGUCAUACACGCAAAUAAAUGUAAACACAACACACAUAUGUAUAAUUGAGCGCAUCAGUGUUUCAAUUUACAGAAUUUUUUGAAGAUUUACUCACUUCUAUUUGCUAAGCAUAUAAGUAGAUUUUGACUGAAGGGAAAGUAAUUUUGUGGAUUUAUUAAGAAAGUCAAGUUAAUUUGGAUUUUAUUUCCUGCAACGAAUGUUUUCAAAGCAUUUACUGCAGUAUGUCAAUACAGUUAUUAUGUAGGAUUAAAAUUAUUUAUUUAUUUACACACAAAAAUUAUUUUUUUUCCAAUUGUCUUCAUGUGUCUUUCCUCAUGAUACCCUAAGCCAAAUCAUUUUUACAUUUCUAUACUUAUCGAAGCUUAUAAGAUUAUAUCAAAAUGAAUCCUCCAACAGCUUAGCGCACAAAUAUUUUGGAGGCAUUCUAUAUUUAUUACUAUUCACUCCUCUGCAAUUAGUCCUUUAAUAUUUGUUCACUUGCAAAAUUGUAUACUCCAGGUCUCUUAUUUAAUGGUGAAUUCUUAUUCUUUUCACCCACUCUUCUAAUUCAUACCAAAUAAAAAUUGCUUAUACCGGUUACUGAAAUGAUAUUAAAUCAUAUCGAUUGAACGCCAUUGGUUAUCUGCUUAAGUUUUUCAAUUAAAUUUUAUUCGUGAAAAGGUAAUUUUAUGAGCCAUUGUUCAAAAAAUAUAAAAACUCAUUGACGUUUUUUUAACUUGAAAUUUUUCAUGAUAUAUUAAUGCAUAUCGUAAUUGCAAAAAAUAUGAGUUUGAAGCAAAGAUUAAAAACUGAGAAAACUUAAUAAAUAAGAAAAUUAUAAUGCUUGAGCUCAAGAAAGCACUACAAGUACAAGUGUAUACCAGCCAAUGUCCCGUAAACUCAAAAAAAAAAAGGUUAGUGUAGGGAAUAUCGGGCAUGUGUAUGCUGGACUUAUAUCCUAACAUGCACGCUUUUAGAAAAAAAUAUUUGCAAUAGAUUGACAUUAUCAAAUAUAAAUUCGUUUGAAACUUUAACCAAAUUGGUUAGAAUAAGUUGUAAAAUAUAUGUUUGUUAGAAAAGAAGCUGUGGUUUUUACAUAAAAGACAAUCGGUAUGUUUUUGUCGCUCGGUCGUAUACUUCACUUCAAUCGAACUCUUGUCAUUUGUUGGAAAGAAUAAUGAAUUUGCCUUCUUUUGAGACCUAUAAUAUGUGAUAUAAGAUAAAUUUCAAUUGUAUUAAGUGGUCUUGUGAGAACACUGAGUCAACUCAUGGUGCCAUUUGAGGUUGCAUGAUUGUGCAAGCUCUCUUAUUUAAUUUUCUUUUUCUUUAUUGCAUCUAGAAAGGAUGCUCUUCUAUUUCCCUUCAAUCGGUGUUAAUGUUCUAAGUGUUUCAUAACAGAGUAUUGUUGCGCUCUCUUUACAUAAGCCGCACUACUGUCAUAAAAAAUCAAAACAAAUUUUAAACCGAUUCGGUGAUAAAUCACAAUUUCUUUGAGGAGCGAAAUGCAAAAUUGAAAUAUUGUGAUAAAUUGUAUAAAAGUUCAAAAUUAAUGCAGCGCUAAAAUAUACUUAGAUGAACUAUUUGAAAAUACAUGAGCUCUUCGUUAACUAAAUAUAAAUUUUAUGGCAAUAUUUUUCCUUGUGCUAGAAGACAUUUACUUGGUGUGACUAUUGAGUGUUUUUUGAUUAGAAUUUAUGCAUGUGUCGUAACUGAUUUUAUUUUAAUACUUGGAUAUAAACUUUGAUAGAAAUGAAAUGUAUCUACUCUUCGUGAGGGAUAUUUUUUAAAUCUUUCUAUAAAGGCACAACGAACAAGGGAGGUAUAGACACUUUGUGUAUUAUUCUAAUAAUCUUAAUCUGAAGAAAGUUUAAAUAUAUCUUUAGUGCCAUUUGAAUGUAUAUUAUAUAUCUGAAAAAAAUUUAUCUUGUUGUCUCUUUAAAUAUAUUUAUUAUUGGAAUCCUAAUAAUGAUGAUUAUAUAUAUUGUAUUUCUUCAUUUACUACGUGACAAUAUGAAAAAGCAGUGUGGUGAAAAAUCCUGCAGUAAUUGCAAUUGAAGAUGACAUGUUGGAUGCAGUUGAAUGAAAGAACGGAUGAUGUUUCUUAAUACUGGUGUAGCUUAAAUUCCUGCUUGCUUUAAUUUUUAAAUACGCAUGUGAUUCAAAAGGUAAGGUAACAAGAGCUCAAUUACGAACAAACAACAUUUGUCUGGUUAAUGUUCCAACAUGGACUAGUACAACAAAAGUAAUUACUACUUUUCCGAAUGUUGCCUAACUUCUCUCUGCAAUGAAUUAAAAGUUAAGUUAUUAAAAACUCUUCUUAAUGUUUUGAUUUCUAAUUCUGCAUUGUAAGAUUUGACUGCAGGUUUCGGGAAGAUCUUCAGUGUUUUGACGCGAUGUAAGUAUAGUUAAACGGACGCACAACCGAUUUUAGAUGUGGCUAAAUUGUUGUUAAACUUACACAUACCUAAUAUAAUUUCUCACGAAAAUAAGCGGUCUCAAAAUCAAUGCAUUGAACUCACUCUAGGUUUCACGUCAUGACUUUGGUUGUGUACACCUCAACUAACUAAAGCGCAUGCGUAAACAGCGCACGAUCACUUUUGGCUAUGUUUCUAUUGAGAACUAAUUUAGAGGACCAUGAACCACAUAAAUAAUAGAGAUUACAUAAAAAUUAUGCUUCAGAAUCUCAAAUGGUUUUGGGAAGUAUUUGCACAACCUGAUUAAGAGCAUAUUUUUAAGUUCCAUACAGCAUGCAUUUACUCAGCUGCUCUAAAUCAUAGUCUUAAAAUCUUAAAAUACUAGCAAAAAUGUUGUAACUCUUGUCACCUUCCAUUUUGAUGCACUAUCUCACAUUUGUUUAAUCAUUGUUUUGAAUCUGCUGUUUUAUUUAAUCAGGUAAACACGUUCUGUUUCAUUUGAAUCAUAGAAAUUAAUAAAUCAAAUCAACAUAUCAAUACUCCAAGAUAAAAUAAUCUUUACCCAAAGAAUCAACAUAUCAUACUGGAGUUGCCUUAACUUCGCAGCAAAUGUUUUUAUAAUUUUAUAACAUUCAAAGGAAGAAAAAUUAAGUAUGUGAAUCCUUAUCAAUGUGCAAGUAUUUUAUCCUUUUAUUGUACUUUAGUGUAUUUGCAAGACACUGGUUUAUUUAUCAAAAGUUGAAAAUUUCAUUAUUGAUAUGGUUAGUAAAAUCUAUUGAUGGAUA